GCAAAAUGCUUAAAGCGUAUUGUAUAACGGGGUAGUGGAAACGACAAAAGCUAAACAAGUUUUUUUUUUCAAAAAUACCUUUAUAUGUUAUCAUACAUUAUGUAUUUUAACUUCUAUGAGGAUAUGUUUAAUGCCCUUUUUGGUACGCUGGGGUGUGUUGUCUAAAACCCUACGCAUCUUUGACUCCCGUGAACGCAUCAGGCUGAAUCGAGGACAUGGGACCGUGAAAGUAUGGCGGAUGCCGAGGAGCCGGAGAAGAAAAGAAGGCGAAUAGAAGACCUGACUGAGAAAAUGGCGGUCGAAAGCGGACACAGGGACGGAGGUUGCUACUGGGAAGGUCGCUGGAAUCAUGUGAGGAAGUUUUUGGAGAGACCAGGACCGUUUACACAUCCUGACUUUGAGCCAAGCACUGAGUCUCUGCAGUUUCUGUUGGAGACGUGCAAGAUUCUAGUCAUUGGGGCUGGAGGACUUGGAUGUGAACUCCUUAAAAACCUGGCGCUGUCAGGGUUUCGCCUCAUUCAUGUGGUGGACAUGGAUACGAUUGAUGUGUCUAACCUCAACAGGCAGUUUCUCUUCAGGCCCAAAGAUGUCGGGAGACCGAAGGCAGAAGUGGCGGCUGACUUUAUCAACCGCCGCAUCCCAGGAUGCAAAGUAGUCCCUCACUUUAAAAAGAUCCAAGACUUUGAUGAGUCAUUCUACAGGCAGUUCCACAUCAUCGUCUGUGGACUUGACUCCAUCGUGGCCCGACGCUGGAUAAAUGGAAUGCUGAUAUCCCUCCUGGGCUAUGAGGACGGCGUCCUGGAUCCCAGCUCCAUCAUUCCCCUCAUCGAUGGAGGAACGGAGGGCUUUAAGGGAAAUGCUCGCGUCAUUCUUCCUGGCAUGACAGCGUGUAUUGAUUGCACUCUGGAGCUGUACCCACCACAGAUCAAUUUCCCGAUGUGCACCAUCGCAUCGAUGCCACGGCUGCCAGAACACUGCGUCGAGUACGCCAGAAUCCUACAGUGGCCCAAAGAACAGCCGUUUGGAGACACCAGUCUAGACGGGGACAAUCCAGAACACAUCCAGUGGGUGUUUGAACGGUCCCAGGAGAGAGCGGCAGAGUUCCACAUCACAGGAAUCACAUACAGACUCACGCAAGGAGUUGUGAAAAGGAUCAUCCCUGCGGUGGCUUCGACCAACGCCGUUAUCGCCGCUGCCUGUGCAACAGAAGUUUUUAAAAUUGCUACGAGUGCUUAUAUUCCCUUAAACAACUACCUUGUCUUCAACGACGUGGAUGGACUGUACACCUACACGUUUGAAGCAGAGAGAAAGGAAAAUUGUACGGCGUGCAGUCAAGUCCCGCAGGACCUCCAGUUCCCUCCUUCUGCCAAACUCCAGGAGGUUUUAGAGUACCUGACAGAAAACGCCUCUCUACAAAUGAAGUCGCCUGCUAUCACCACCACUCUGGAAGGAAAGAACAAGACGCUGUACCUGCAGUCUGUAAAAUCGAUCGAGGAGCGCACCAGACCAAACCUCUGCAAAACUCUAAAAGAACUGGGCUUGUCCGAUGGCCAGGAAAUAGCCGUAGCCGACGUCACCACGCCGCAGACGGUUCUCUUCAAAAUCAAUUUCACUGCUUGAUUUUACGAAGAACAAGUUGCUGUUUGACCACAGCGUUGCUUUGGUGUUUCACUGGCACGUAAAGCUGUAAAUACGGUGGAAACGGUGUGACCUGUGAGAUCUAGUGUUGUCUCAGCACACAAUCAUUCACAUCAACUGUUUUUGGUAUCAUUUGCAUAUGUGUGUUUGUCCGAGGCUGUCCAUGUGGUUGUUUCAGAAUCAUACGUGAGCUCUAAUAAAGUUUUAUUAUCAGAA